AUGUUUCCCAAAACACUUGCUAUACUAUCCACAGUCAUGUUAAUUCAGAUUAUUACCGGUCAAAGUAUUAGACAAUACAACUCUGCAUAUAAUAAUGAAAUAGCCGCCAAUAUUGCUGAUGCUGCGGCAGGAGUUCUAUAUCCUGGCAUCUCUUAUCCAGGCCAGGUACUCGCGCCUGGUGCCAAUGCCAUGUCAUACGCACCGGAUGCGGCUUUAAUUGGCAUAAAUGGCUUAUCGUAUGGAUUGACUUUGGCAGAAUUAUCCGCAUCUCGAGGAUGCAGUCUUAAAGCUAGAAGCUCGUCUCUCAUCGCACCAAAUGGAGUGACAGUGGAAACAGAUAAAAUGGCGAUUGAAGGGCCGUUAGCUGUUAGUGGACAGUUGCCUUUCUUAGGAGUAGUAUCUCUCGAAGGUCAAUUACCAGCGGCUGGUGAGGGAGCCGUCACCUAUAGCUGUGGGAAUGGUGACGUUGGGAUUGUAAGUGAGGGUGUGGAAGCAGUUGUUCCAUCUUACCCAAAUAUAGCUCCAGGAUAUCUUAAUACUGGAUAUCCAACUGGAUUAGGUCCUUUGUAU